AUGAGCAGCUCAGACAAAUCUGAGAAGAAGUACAAAGGCAUUCGACGUCGAAAAUGGGGCAAAUGGGUGUCUGAAAUUCGAGUUCCGGGCACCCAAGAUCGACUGUGGUUAGGAUCUUACUCCACGCCGGAGGCUGCAGCAAUAGCUCAUGACACAGCCUUUUAUUGUCUACGAGGAGGUUCGUCCACACAGGAAAAUUUCAACUUCCCUUCGAUGUUACCGGCUAGUGCUCGAAUAGGAAUGUCCCCAAGGUCGGUGCAAAGGGUCUCAUCGGAUGCUGGCAUGGCGAUUGACGCACAAUUUUUAGCCUCAAGAAGUUCUGAUAACGUGGAGAAAGUUGACCAAAAUGGGAUGAAUUUUGGCCAAGAUGAUCAGGAACAAUUGAGCAUUUCGGUCGAAGAUUAUCUCUAA